UGCUUACUUAUGCAGUAGUAUAAUUUAUUUUAGCACACAUGGAAAUACAUUGUGUUUAUCAUGCUGUACCCCGGUUUAAUGUCUUAAAUUUCAAUAAACGAUACCUUUAUAACGACAAUUCAUAUAGUUAACUUCUUAUACCACCGAAUCAAAUAUUCAAAGUACAAGGUGAUUUACUACCUGAGUAGCUAUCAAUGUAGUUGUUUCCCUUACUUAUAUUAAACCUUCCUGGUUGGGAAACAUUUAUUCCACUGUUUAAAUUUAAAACAGGACAUUAUGUGGAAAUAUGGCUAUAGUAGAGAUGAUCAGGCAUCCAGCAGCGUCGCCUUUCAGAAGAAAUACGAUCUUGAUGUAGAUGACAUACGUAUACGUGCUAAACUUAUAUAUGAAGCCUCGAAAAAUCUCUCAAAGGAGCAAAAAAACAUCCACAGAAAGAGAAAUAAAAGUAAAGGCAGCAAACAACUACAAAAAUGCAUGGGAAAUUAUGAUGAAGGACUGCGUGAAAUUAGAGAAGAACUGGGGGAGAUCAGUUAUAUUGUAAAUGAAGACAAUGAUGAUAAAGGCUUUAACAGCAGAAAUGAAUACGAAAGAUCAGCAUCAUUAAAUGCCCCGAAAAAGAAGAACCGAAAAGAUCUGUCUGAUACCUUCACGAGCGGCGCAGCUACGGAAUGUUUUCGAUGUCUUUCAAAAGAAACGAAAAUUCAAGACCUUGAAUUGAAAUUAAAGAGAACCGAGCGGAGCUCUCAGCAGAACAUAAUGCAACUCACUGAAACGCUGGACGAUCUCCAAAGACGGCAUGACAAACUGGAACAGAGAUUCCGUGAAGAAGUACGCUUAAAAGAUGAUGCCCUGCAAAGGUUAAGUAAAGCUGCUUCAUCUAAAUUACGUGAUAAUAAUCCGAACAUAACGGAUCUCAGUGAUCAGAACCGACCUACAAAAGUGGCCGAGAAAUUGUCCGAGCUGUAUGAUAACCAAUGGACAGAUGCGUUUGACAUUUUAGAACAUCAAAUGGAAGAGAAACAAGUGAUUCAAACAUUAUUAAAGAUUUUAAUGACAGCAUAUACUACUUGUCAGGAUCUUUCGAGCAGACAUUUCUUCGAAAGGGUCCAAAAAGCUAUUGAACUACCGACAGAGGUGGCUGAAAUAUCGAAUUACCAAGUUGUCUUAUCAGACCAGUUUAAACAAGAAAUAAAAGAAUUCCGAAAGAAUCGUGCCCCAUUUGUUAUACGUGAUGUUGAAAAGGCUGUGCGACCAAGACUGCCGCUGGCCAAACAUCAGUCAAAAGACGUGCAGGACUAUGUUACAGCAUGCGUAGAGAUUGCAUGGUUGUGCGCUGUGCAAGAUCCCCCAUUGAAGCUUGAUGCACAAUUUACAGACAAAUUUGAAACCAACGUAUUAAAAGAUUAUACAAAACGCGGAGAAUUUGUUGACUUUGUGGUAUGGCCUGCAAUGUUUCUUCAUAAGGGCGGGCCUCUUCUUUCCAAAGGUGUUGCUCAAGGAAGAUGUGGUAAUCAGCCUCGUGAAGUACCUGAUCGUCCUAUUUCGGUUGAUACAAGGAAAGAUGGAUACAACACCCAAACAGGCACAAACACCCACAGACAUUUCUCAAACCAACAAACAGAACAAUAUCACUAUCGUGACCAUCAAUCGCACCAGAGACCGGACAAUCGUAACCAACAUAACUACAACAAAUCUAAAACGAUGUAUGCGCCGAGAACAAAUGCACCAAAUGACUAUGGCCACAGACAAAGGUAUCCCACCCAUUCAACAGAAAUUUAACAUUUGUCCAUCA